UCAGGUGACCCGUCCUUCCUACCUUAUUAAGCGUUGUGCUUCCUCGGCAUCGCGAGUCUCAUGUUGAACUUCUAAACCACAUAACACGUGCCUUUACAAGACAAAGAAGAAUUUACCUCCACAGUUAAGAUGUCUCCCGGAAAGAUCUCCCCACUCGCCAAGGUGAAGGCGCUUCUGUUUGACGUCUUCGGCACCACCGUGGACUGGCGCGGCACCAUCACCGAAGAGCUUACCCUACGAGCCUUUCGAAAAGCCUCCUCUGACCUUCCCGAGGGUCUCAAAUCUCGCCUCCAGGCUCUCACUGAAGAUGACUGGGGGAAAUUCGCGGAGGAAUGGCAUACCUCCUACGGCGUCUUUUGCCAUACAUUCAAUCCCGAAACGGAUACAUGGAAGACUGUCGACCAGCAUCACCACGAAAGCCUGGUUAGUUUGCUGGAGAGUUGGAACCUCACUGGUCUAUUCAAUGCAAUGGAGUUACAGUCACUGAGCCUCGUGUGGCAUCGUCUCUCCCCAUGGAAGGACUCAUCUGACGGGCUGAAGAACCUGGGCCAGACCUACAUCACCAGCACACUGUCCAAUGGCAACACCGGUCUACUCCGUGAUUUGGAUGACUUUGGAAGUUUGGGGUUUCGAAAAUUCUUCUCAGCGGAGAACUUCCGAGCUUAUAAGCCGAACCCCGCUGUUUACCUCGGUGCUGCACGCGAGCUCGGUCUUGACCCCGAGGAGGUAGCAUUGGUUGCAGCACACCUCAACGACUUGGAAGCCGCAAAAGCUUGUGGCCUCAGAACCAUCUACGUUGAGAGGCCAAGAGAAGAAGAAUGGGGAAAAGACGAGAGGUAUGAGGGGGCUAAGGAAUGGGUUGAUCUCUGGAUCGACGAGGAGGAAGAUGGGUUUGUGACGCUGGCCCACAAGUUGAAGGAAGUUGCAUAGGACGGAGACAAGACCGAAAAGGGAUGGAGAAAAACGAAUUCAUGCAUGAUCGCCAUUGGGAAAUGGAAUUCUGGCAUUAUAUGAGUCGUCGUCUACGUCAUCUGGCCUCAAAUGCAGCUAGGACGAAGGGGAUGAAAACCAUGCAUCGAACACGUAGCACUUAAUCUCGAAAAUACUUCGAAUAAACCCAAUCACACCCUGGCU